GACUGCUGUAAAAUGGUAAAAAGUAGGAUGGCUACGGAUGUUGGUAAUGAAGGAUCUGCCACAGUGUUGGUGUGAAAAGAAUUGUUUUUUUGAGGAAUGUGUUUCGUCUCGGCUACAGUGGCAGACUCAUCAGUGGGAUUGAUGCCAACUGUACCUUAUAUCCCAGAUUCUAGACGCCUGUGGCCACAGUCCAUAAAACAUAACCUUAAAUUCAAAACAUUCAUAUUUCAACCAACAAAUGUAUUCGUUACAGUUCUUCCCGAUGUAAAAACAACCUCCUUAGUCAAAUAUUUUACUUAGUCUAAAAUAUUUUAAUAUUUUGAGCGAAGAAAUGAUCGGCGGAGGAGAAUUACUGGUUAACGAGGAAAAUUUAUCGACGAUAUGUCGACAACUGCAAGAAGCCGAGGUACGGGUGAAUAAUGAACUGGAACAGAUGCUUCAGCGACACUGUCAUGUGGAAGCCAAACUACAAAAUAUCAGCAAGGUCCUUCCGAAUGUUGUUGUCAUCAGGGCUGAGAGUGAAAAAUUCUGCGCAAUGAUCAAUAGAACCAAUAAAUUGGCAGAAGCUGUCAGUGCCAAAGUUAGGCAACUGGAUCUUGCCAGGAGCCGAGUCUGCGAAUGUCAAAGUCGUGUGCACGAUAUACUGGAUCUGCAAUUAUGUAGCGAGGGUGUAGCGACAGCAUUGAGAAAUGAGGAUUAUGAGCAAGGAGCAGCACAUGUCCAUCGCUAUUUGUCGAUGGAUCAGAAUCUUUUGGAACGAACAGCUCUUGACGUCUCUGGAGAUCGUACUAGUAUCGCAGGUUCACUGAUAACUCUUCAGCAAGCUGCAAGCGAGUUGAGAGCCGUUGUAACUCAUAGAUUUGAUGAGGCCGUCAAGUCUGAAGAUCUUGCUUCGGUCGAGCGGUUCUUCAAGAUAUUUCCGUUAUUGGGUAUGCACGAUGAAGGGCUAAAGAAAUUUUGUCAGUAUCUUUGCUCCAAGUUGCAAGAUGCAGCGCAGAAAAAUCUUAAAGCUGCGCUAGACGUCAAAAGUAACGAUAGUCGAGCACCCGUUAUUUUCGCUGAUACUAUCACUCUCUUAUUCGAGGGCAUCGCCAGGAUCAUUGAAAUACAUCAGCCGAUUAUUGAAACGUAUUACGGUCCUGGAAGACUGUUGAAAACAGUCACCAUACUGCAAAAAGAAUGCGAUCGGCAAAUAAAAAAAAUCUUAGCGGAAUUCAUGAGACAUCGUGGGAUUCAGAAAAAAGUGCAACUUAUAAAUGAUUAUAUGAGAAAGCAAAGUCCGGAAAAAGCGGAUCCAAAAACCCUCGACCUUUUACUCGGCGAGCUGACGAUAAUGCACGCGAGAUCAGAAUUAUAUAUCAGAUUUUUGAAACGAAGAAUAACCAACGAUUUAGAAAUCAGUACUCCCGACGAGAGUCAAUGCGAAUCUCAAUUCAAGGAAUUCGAGACACUGAUUAAAAAUUCAGAAUUGUCACGUGGUAUGCAAGAAUUGUUGGGCGCAUAUCUCGCUUUGGAGAGAUACUUUCUCGAAGAAAGCGUCAACAAAGCUGUUGGUAUGGAUACUCUCGAUCAAGAGCAACAAACCUCAAGUAUGGUAGAUGAUGUGUUUUAUAUCGUUAAAAAAUGCAUCAGGCGAUCAAUAUCGAGUUGGAGCGUCGAUGGAGUUUGUGCGGUCGUUAACAUGGCAUGUGGCAUAUUAGAGGGCGAAUUUUCGAACCGUUUGAGAGGACGAUUGCGACAAGGUUAUCCAGCUGGUUAUCUCGAUCUUGCUCAAGCCUAUAGUGCACUUCAAACCAGUAUUCAGCAGGGUCGCCUGCAAGCUUCGGACAACGAGCUUGCAAGGUUGACGUUUCUAGCGUAUCUUAACAACACUGACGUCAGCAUUGAAUACGUCGAAACUCUUGGACAAAGUCUCGCGGCUGAAAUAGACGCAGCUUUUCCACAAAUGCAGAAAAAAGACCGUGGAAAGGUCGACAGCUGUUUGGCCGGACUGAAAGCCGUAACGUCGACUUUGCGAGCUGUGAUUGAUUACGGAUUAGAACAAUUACGUGCAAGCGCUGUUAAACCACGAGUCACGCCAUGGGUAGACGCGUUUUUGUCUGUAAACCAUCACGUUAACGAGGACGAGUUACUCAGAUACGAGACCGACGAACCUUUCGUUCAGACUUUAGUUAUGAAUCUCGAGGGUUUGUUGCAAGCAUUCAAGGACAGUCUGACGUCAGCGAAUUACGAUGCCCUGAUCGGUAUUCUAACGGCGGAAGUUACGGCGCGUUUGGAAAAAGUUGUUUUAAAAUCAACGUUCAACAGGGCUGGAGGAUUGAUACUGGACAAAGAAAUUCGUUCACUGGCGAGUUAUUUAGCUGCAGCAACUUCUUGGUCUAUACGUGACAAAUUUGCACGAUUGACCCAAAUAGCAACAAUACUUAGCGUGGAGAAGGUCGAAGAAUUAUCCGAUUAUUGUGGUGCGGAUGCGAUAGCAUGGAGAUUAACGCCUGUUGAAGUCCGAAGAAUAGCGUCACUCAGAACGGACUUGCGGCCCGAGGAUAUUAAGCGACUCAAAUUGUAAAUUUUCUCCAUAUUCUUCAGUCAAAUUGUUAAAUGCAUAAAAUAUAUAGAAAUUUACUUGUUCAUUUCUGAGGGUAUGACAAUGCAAUUUUACUGCAACUUUAUGCAGAUCAUUAGUAAUCAAUUUUUCAAUUGAAUGUAUAAAAUAAGUAAAUAUUAACAAAGACACCAUAAAGUGAAUAAAACAAUUAUUUAUUAUUGAAGAAGAAGAAAAACAUUUAUUGUUGAAGCAAUAUAACAGCUUUUUUACGCGUAAAAAUAACGGAAAAAUGGCCUAUAAGUGUGAAGGAAUUAAAAUUUUAUGUUUCCUUUGCAUUAUUGUACUCCGAAUUAUUCAGCGAAAAAAAAUUGUUAAAAAGAGUCAUUACCGUGAUUGCUGAUUCAUUUUUUCAUGAUCCCUGUGUUCAGUCUUAACAUGUGGUGAUCAGCCCUGGUCAGAAAAAUUGCCAGAGCGUACGCGCGAUAAUCCUCGGGCCGAGAAUCCUUCCGAACCGACCCUCAUAAAAAACGCGCCUACGAAGCAUCUUAUUAAGUUUUAUAAUUUUUACACAUUUCAAUUUGUCAUUCAAGCAUUACCUUUAAAACCGAAACACAUUUUUCUGCGGUAAGUCGCGACAUUUGGUCCGGCUUUCAGAGUCGAUCUUUGUCUAAUUAUUUAGCGGAUUUUUCCAAGUUUUUUCCCAUGUUUUUUUUUUGUAAACCUCUCUCCCUUUCUACAUUUUUCUUCGAGUUCAUAUUCCACCAUUAAAACAGUCAGUAGUUCACGAAUCUUCGAACCCAACGCAUCGUGCAGCACUCCGCGAAUUUGUAAUCCUUCUUCUUCCUUCGCGUCACUCGAACAAUAGUCUUUACAAGUUUAUCAAUCUACCUUUUCAUGUUAAAGAUUUGUCAAGACUAGUUUUAAGAUUGAAAUAAAUUUUAGAGGGUUGUAAUAAACAGCCCGAUUUUAUUUAUCAAA